CCAAAUCCCGGAAAAAUGUAAAGCCCAUAAAAAUCAUAAGAAAAGCAUCAGCAAACAGUACUCAUUAAUAAAAGCUGAAAAGAAGAAAACAAGAUCCACCUCGAACCUCUCUCCACUCUCCUCCUCCUCCUCUUCUACCUCCUCCGCCCACCACUCUUCUCCCUCUCCUAUCUCUCUUGGGUUGGAGCCAAUUCUGGAGAGGGAAGGGGGGAAAGCAAAGAUCUCAUCAAACAGACCAAACCCAUCUUAGAUUCUUGGUAUUUGCAUGUGUGUGUGUGAGGAGGGGGUUGUCUUUCCCUUUUGUUUCUUCAACUGUUGUUGUUGUUGUUGUUGUCUCUUGUCGUAUAAUUUUUCUCCCAAAAAGCCUUGAAUCCUUCCCAGGAAUAGGAAUUAGCUCAGGACAAAAGAAGAGAGGAGAAACAGUUGAGAAAGUAAUAUGAGGGAAGAGGACUCCAAUUGGUUCUCCAGAUGGGAAGAAGAGCUGCCGUCCCCUGAAGAGUUGAUGCCCCUCUCCCAAACCCUAAUCACCCCUGAUCUUGCUUUGGCCUUUGACAUCCCAAACCCCACCAACAACACCCACAACCACAACAAUAAUACCCCAACACAGCAACAAGCGCCGCCGCCGACCCCGCCUCCUCCUUCCAAUCCUUUGCCCACUUCCGCCGCCACUCCUCCCCACCCCAACUCUGCCGAGUUCGGUGCCGAUUCGGCGGACUUGGGUUCUGGGGCCGCCGGCGAGGAGCCCGCGCGGACCCUCAAGCGGCCGCGCCUCGUUUGGACGCCGCAGCUCCACAAGCGGUUUGUGGACGCCGUGGCGCACUUGGGGAUCAAGAAUGCGGUCCCCAAGACCAUAAUGCAGCUGAUGAGUGUGGAUGGGCUUACUAGGGAGAACGUGGCCAGUCAUUUGCAGAAGUACCGCCUCUAUCUCAAGCGAAUGCAGGGGCUUUCUGGCGGCAGCGGGGGCGCCGGUGGCGGUGGUGGCGCCGGUGGAUUGACUGCAGCCCCUGAUCCUGCCACUGACCAUUUGUUCGCGAGCUCGCCAGUGCCGCCACAUUUCCUGCAUCCGGGUCGAUCCAAUUCGGAGCAUUUCUUGCCGUUCGUGCCGGUGGCUGCUCUGCAGCAGCAGCAGCAGAUGGCGGCGGUAGCAGCAGCGGCCGCGCACCCACAGCUGCAGACUCAGUAUCACAGGCAGGUGGGGCAUUUUGGGUCGCCGCCGAAUGGGCAGUUUGAGCAUCCAUUUCUGAGUAGGCAGUCGCAGACAGUGCAUAGGAUGGGGGCGCCAGUGCACAAUCCGGUACCAGGGUAUGUGGAGGACUUGGAAUCGGCUAAUGGGAGAGGAGGGAGGAAGGUUCUUACACUUUUUCCAACUGGGGAUGAUUGAAUUUGGGUAAUUGUUAAUGCCUCUUUAAACGUCUUAGUUUUUCUUAUUAUUCGGUUUCUGGGUAUUUGUGAUAUUUGGUGUCUGGUGGUACUUGUCAGAUUUUGGUUCUGCUUAGACAUUUUAUUACUUAUUUGUUGUAUUAGUUGUUCUUAGUAAACUUGGUGAUACUUAGUGGUCUUGGCCUUCCGUUGAAAUCCAAACAUCUCUGGGUCCAAUAAUUUCGGUUCAUUAAGCUUCAGCUGCCAAUUGGGUUGUCUUUGACCAUCCUUUAUGAAGUUAGCAUUGGUGGGUAGUGUCAGUUCUGGUGUCCUUCAGUUCUGUGGACUUCUACAUGUAUAAUUCACAUUGUUUCUGGUGGUCUCUGUGAGCUUCUGGUGACGGAUAUUGAUCAUGAUGUCACUUUGGGCGGCAAUUACAUUUCUGAGCUCGUCAGUGGCUGCAACUAUUAUGGUGUCAUGGUAAUGAGUCAAUCUGGAUGUCUUAGAGGUUGAUAUAUCCCAUAGAAGUGUGGGAAUCGGUUGGUUUUCUACAUUUCAGAGUCUUCUCACUGGUGAAGGGUUCUUAUAGGCAUUAAUGGCGGGCAUGGCUGAAGCAUCAAAUGGACUAAACAUUGAGCUUGCGGGUGAGGAUAAAUAAUGCUGGCAAGUUGUAUUAUGUUUCUCUUGAAAUCCAAAAAUGGGGUUGGUAACCGUAGUUGGCACAUCUGGAACUGAGUUUAUAGGAAAUAUCCAGGAAUAUCUUAUGUGUAAGAAUUGUCUGAUGUUUCAUAGUCUAAUUUUAUGUAGAGGUGAGUUCUACUUGUUGUACAUUAUGUGACUCUAUAGAAGACUUAAAACCCCUGAUGCCAAGGGGGCCCUGAUUUUUAUUACAUCUUUGGACUUAUUUUAAUGUUCCAAGAACGUGAAAUUAGCUUAA